GAAUUUCAUUUGUUUAUCAAUCAAAGUUAACUUUAUGACAAAAAAUAUAAAUUUUAUCUCUUAAAAUGAGUCCUUCGAAAAAGAAAAAGCGUUCUUCAAUAUUGAAAAGAAGACAAUCAUCACUUGAUUCUCCAGAAGCGACAACAACAGCAAGCGCGCUUCCAAAAAGAGGAAUUCUUUUUAAGAAAACUAAUACUGUAAAAGAAUUUAUACACUGCGAUGAGCGGCCAACAGUUUGGGGAAAUUCUUAUGAAACAUCAAUUGCAAAAUCUGAAGGAUCGAGUGAUGGAUCAACAGCUCAAAAAAUUAGCUUUGACUUCACAAAUACAUACAUUCAUACAUCCACCAGUUCGACACUAUGCGAAGUCGAUAAAGAAAAUUUCAUAGCUUCGCUUGCUCCACCAGAAAUUUACUCAGAACCGCAGAAGGUUGAUCGAGAGUCCACGUCGUUGAAUAACUCACAAGGAAGUAGCUUGAAUCUUGAUAACGUUACAGUGCCAAUGAUAAAUGAUGAAAAAAUUCGUUUGAAAAAAUACGAGCCUGAAAAUCUCAACUUAACAACGUUACACGACGCAUCCAAUUAUCUCGCAGCUGGAUCAUCGAGGUCACUCAAUAAUCUCAUAUUGUCACCACGUAAGACAGUUGUAUAUCAUGAUAAACCAACUGACAUUGUUGUUUCCAUUCACGACAAGGUAUUUGUCAAAAAAGAUGACAUUUCGAUAAGUUGGGAGCAUAAUGACAUUUCAUCUGAUCUUGUCAAAAGUUGCUCAAAUCGAAUAACAACUUUUGCCAACAACACGAUGAAUAUUACGUUAGAAAACGAAGAAAAGAAAGUUCCAUCAGUUUUUAAAGAACCAAAAUGUUUCAAACCACCAGAAGAAUUCACAACAAUUCCAAAACAUUUGACAAAUCUUUCAACUAAUUUCAAUUCGCCACCAAUCAAAACUCCCAAACUAAAUCAUCAAGAAAUUAUUGUCGAUGAUUUUAUGGAUUUGGUAGUUUCUGAGACACCAACAAAAAAUCUAUGUCCACAAAUGUGCAUGGUAAAGAAACACAACAUCACACCAAUGGCACUUGACACUCAGCCACCAGCUAAAGUUGUUUAUUCCACCUCAAAAUCGAGUUGGUUGAGAAAACGAAAUUUAUUAAAUGAUUCGAGCAAAAUGGAUUUAGAAACUUCUGUGAAAAUUUCCCCUUUGAAAGCACGAGAAACAAUUUUUCAAGAAAAAGAAGUUGAAGAAACUUUUCUUGAAAAGACAAACCUUAAAGUUGAAGCUAAUCGUGGGACAAUAUUUGAGAAGACUUUAACACCUGAAAUUUCUUCACUUGUCGUGAGUUUACCACCAAACCAUCGUGCACGAAAAACUCUCUUCGAUGAUGACAUCGAUGAAACUAUAGUAACAAAAACUGAUGAAAAAGAAAAGGAAAAUGAAAUGUUUUUCGAUUUGGGAGCUGAUGAGACGAUAAAAAGUACAAAAAACAUGACAUUAACCAAAGUUAUAGAUCUUCCAUCAAUAUUUAAGGCAACUAAGAUUGAAGAAGCGAACAAAACUGUCAACCUCAGUGACAUUUCAUUAGCAUCAAACUUUGGAGGACAAAGUCAACGAUUAUCAACAAUGAUGAACUUUUCAGGAAUAAACGAGACAGGAAUAUCUGAAACAACUGCUGAAAUUGCUGCUAAAGCCGCUCGUCUUUUAGCAAAUCCAAUGGCAACAACAUCAUCGAAUAGUAAUUUGUUCUCAAGAACAUUUCAAGCUGACACACCAAUUGAUGAAUUGUGUGGAAGUUCACUUCAUCAACGAUCAUUGCCAGCACAGGAAUGUCGUGCAAGAAAAACAAUUCUUGAUGGAAAUAUGUCAUUAAAUGUGAAUGAAAUGAAGCGAGAUGGAAAUGAAGUGAAGAUCACUUCUGAUCUUGAAAUUUCUGGAAUUGAGCCAAGCGUCGAAAAUCCUAAAAAUCCUCGUGCAACAAUUUUUGAAUUGACAGCAAUGGAAGAAGAACCAAUUGCAAUAAAAAGUAAUGAAGAAGCGUUAAUUAAGAAAAAGAAUUCAAGACAAACAACUUAUGAUUGUCACAGUAUGAUUUCUUCAGACAACGAAUCAAUUAAUGAGAUUAAAACACUUCCAACUACAGAAAAUACAAAGAAUAUCGAAGAAGGAAAUGUGAAAAGCAGACAAACAAUUUAUGAUAAUCAAAAUAUCACUCUUACGCCAAAAAUGAAUGAUCUUUCCAUUGAAGAGAAGGUUUCAAAGCCAAACAUUAAAUCGAGAGAAACGAUUUACGGAAAUCAAACAAUUUGCGAUAUUUCUAAUGUUGUUGAAGAGAUGGAAGAUGGCGGAGUGAAGAUUGAAGUGGUUGAGAAGGAAAAGACGUCAAGACAAAUGAUUUUCGGAGAUCAAACGAUUGUUGAUUCGCCAGCAGUUCCUGAAACACUUCCUAAGGCAUCAACAUCGACCAGACAAACGAUUUAUGAAAAUGAAAUGAUGACCGAUUCGCCAACAGUUCCUGAAACACUUCCUAAGCCAUCAACGUCGACUAGACAAACGAUUUAUGAAAAUGAAAUGGUAACCGAUUCACCAGCAGUUCCAAAAGUAUUUCUUACAACAACAUCCACCAGACAAACGAUUUUUGGAAAUCAAACAAUUUCUGAUAUUUCUGGCAUAGCUGAAGACAUGAACGAUGGCGAUAUGAAUAUUGAGGUAGUUGAGAAGGAAAAGACGACAAGACAAACGAUUUACAGAAGUGAAAUGAUAAAUGAUUCGCCAGAAGUUUCUCAAACACUACUUAAGCGAAUAGCAUCGACCAGACAAACCAUUUAUGCAAAUCAAACAAUGAUUGAAAGUCCAAAGAACUCAACAGAGAUCGUUGAAAAGAAGAAAGUUGAGAUUGCAAUUUAUGAAGAUUCGAUAAUUGAAGAAGAAAUAACAGAAAAACCGGAAAUUGUUGUUGAGGUGAAGAAAACUGUUUCAGGUGAAGAAAAUUGUGUUGAUGACGUUCCAAGAUGCGCUCCUUUCGAUGCUCCAUUCAGAUUUCAUCAACAAUCUCUCAAAUCUCUUGCUGAUCAUUCUGGUUUUGUUGAUCUUAUUCCAUCACCUGAACGUCUUCUUGAUGGUGGAAUGUUUCCAAUUAUUUCACCACCACAAGAUUUUGUAUCGAAAAUUUACGAUGUUGAUUCAGAAAUCACAAAUUUAGAUGAAGAAAAGUUUUCAAUUUCUAAUCAUAAAAAUUCGAAACGUCAAACAAUUCAUGAAGAAGUUUGUAUGGAAAUUGAGGAAGUUUCAACAGUUGAAAAUGAUCGGAAAACUGUAAAUCAUCAUGUUGAAAUGGAAUCAACAUUUAAACAUCCAAAAGUAUUAAAAAAUGUUAAAAAGCGACAAACAACAUUCGAAGAAACUCAAAUUGAAAAAGAAAAUCUGGAACUGAAUAACGAAAAUCAAACAUUUACUGUCAAAAAUGAUUAUACAAAGUUGAUGAACAUUACAGAUGCUGAUUUAAUGCUUGAAAAUGAAUCUUUUCCAUCGAUGCUUGAAAAUAAAUCUGAAGACUUUGAAGUAUGCAAUGCAAGUUAUCACAAUGCACUUCGAGAGUUUGUUAACGUUUCGUUAUCAAAUGCGGCAUUGCAAGCUUCACCACCUCCGAUUGAACCAACAAAGGCAAAAAUAAAGAAACGAACAUUUCGUCGACCGAUUGAUAUGAGCAUGAAAGUUGAAGAUGACAUCGAAUCACCAGAGAAAGUCACACAUCAAUCACAUCUUGAUAUUGACAAGUUCUUGGAGAAUCUGAAAAUUCGCCCUGCUGUAACAAUUCGAGAUGUUCCAGAAAUUGAUUACAAUUUUAUUAAGAAAAAUGCUUCGAGAAUAAAAUUGGAGCGACUAGCAAUGAAAGCAGAAUCAGAAGAAAGAAAAUUGACAGCAAUAAAACAAUUUCCAGAAAUUCCUGAAUAUAAAUUUCUGAUUGCCAAUCAGUUAGCAGCAAUGGAUGAAGAAAUUGAAAGAAAAGUUCAGGAAAGAUGCUUCAUUACGCCAGUGUUUCCACUUGCAUGCAAUUUUGAAGUUUUGCUCAAGAAUAAGUUUGAAACUGAUGAAAAUUUAAUUCAAAACUGGAAGCUUGAUUUGAUCUUCGCACACUUGAAUCAUAUCAAAUUGAAACACAGAGCAAUGGAACCUUUCAAAAUUGAUUUUACAAUCGCCAAUCCAACGAAUAAUAUUGAUCAAAGUACAAUUGCAAUUCAUUUUCGUAAUGUUCUCAUGUAUCGAAAUCCAUCAUAUCGCGAUUGUAAACAACAUUGGGGAUUUCGUUUGAUUCUUGUCACUGAAGAGUUUCUAAGAAUCGUUGGAACUGACAUUCUUACACAAUUCUGUCCGACGAUGAAUCAUUUCUUUGACUUUCUUGAUAAAUAUCAUGGGAAUGUCAUGAAGGCAGUGACUAUUGUGAAGAAUCUCUUUGACAUUAUUAAAAAUUAUCAUGCGAUUAUUGAAAAAGAUGAAGAAAGUCAAUCUCUUCAUAUUAUCAAACGCCAUUUCACUCAUAACAACGAGGACAUCGUUGACGUAGAAAUCUUGUUAAUUCCUGGUCAUCUUGAAGAUACAAAUGUGAGACAUGUUAAGGUGAAGUCACUGACACGUUGCGAUUGCGAACACAAAGUAACGCCACGUCCUAACUUAAUCAACAUGACUGGUCUUGUCUUAAUUGAAAUUAUUUUGUUUGAUAUUGAAAAGUUUUUGCAAGAACAUACGCAAAGUGUUUAUUUGACGUGAACUUUAUCAACAAUCAUUUACAAUCCAAUAUUUAUGAAUUUUUAAAAAGAAAAUAAACGUAAAAGAAGAAAAAUAAAAUUUUGUUUUGUUUAAACUUGAUGACGACGAAGAUUGCGUUCAGCUAGGGCGAUUUGAAGUUCAAGAAGUCUUUCCUUCUUCUUUAGGACAGCAUUUUUCAGAAAAACGUUUUCUUUUCGAACUCGAUCAACUUCUGAUGUUAUUGAAGUGUUUUGUUGUGGUGUUUGGAACUGAAAAAAGAUA